AUGGCCGCGCCGCCGGGCUCCCCGGCGCUCUGGGCGCUGCUGCCGCCGCUCCUCGCCCUGUGCGCCGCGCAGCCGGGCCCCGGCGCCGCCCGCGGGACGGGGCUCAGCCUCCACCCGCCCUACUUCAACCUGGCGGCGGCAGCCCGCAUCUGGGCCACGGCCACCUGCGGGGAGGCGGCGGGCGGCGGCGGGCGGCCGCAGCUCUUCUGCAAGCUGGUGGGGGGCCCGGCCGCCGCCCCGCUGGGACGCGCCAUCCAGGGCCAGUUUUGUGAUUACUGCAAUGCUGCUGAUCCCAGCAAAGCUCACCCGAUAACCAAUGCCAUUGAUGGCACUGAGAGCUGGUGGCAAAGUCCCCCUCUUUCCAUGGGCUUGAAGUACAACGAAGUCAAUGUCACCUUAGAUCUGGGGCAGCUCUUCCAUGUUGCCUAUAUCCUUAUCAAGUUUGCAAAUUCUCCUCGUCCAGAUCUCUGGGUCUUGGAAAGAUCAGUGGACUUUGGAAAAACUUACACUCCCUGGCAAUAUUUUGCUUACUCAAGAGCAGAUUGCUUGGAGCGCUUUGGAAAGGAAGCAAAUCUUCCCGUGAGGAGGGACAGCGAUGUCCUGUGCACCACCGAGUACUCUCGCAUUCUGCCUCUUGAAAAUGGAGAGGUUGUAGUAUCUUUGGUAAAUGGCCGCCCAGGAGCAAAAAACUUCACUUACUCCCCUGGUCUUCAAGAGUUCACAAAGGCAACAAACAUCCGCCUCCGUUUUCUCAGAACUAAUACUCUUCUUGGACACUUGAUAUCCAAAGCUCAGCGGGACCCCACUGUUACUCGUCGAUAUUACUACAGUAUAAAGGACAUCAGUAUUGGUGGUCGAUGUGUUUGCCAUGGCCAUGCUGAAGUAUGUAGUCCAAAGAGUGCUGAAAACCCAUACCAUUUUCAGUGUGAAUGUCAGCAUAACACUUGUGGGGAAACCUGUGAUCACUGCUGCCCUGGAUAUAAUCAGAAACAGUGGCAACCUGCAACAGCCGGGAGCACAAACAUAUGUGAACCCUGCAAUUGCCAUGGACAUGCCACAGAUUGCUUCUAUGAUGCUGAAGUUGAUCAGCAUCGAGCAAGCUUAAACAUCUAUGGGCAUUAUGAAGGUGGAGGAGUCUGCAUUAACUGCCAGCAUAACACGGCUGGAAAUAACUGUGAGAAGUGUGCAAAAGGUUACUAUCGUCCUUACGGUGUUCCAGUGAGAGCUCCUGAUGGUUGCAUACCCUGCAGUUGUAACUUGGAGCAUGCAGACGGCUGCGAGGAAGGGUCUGGCCGCUGCUUCUGUAAGCAGAAUUUCCAGGGAGACCACUGUGAACGCUGUGCUGAUGGAUUCUAUGGUUAUCCAUUUUGUGUCUAUAUUCCUGUAUAUCCUUCUACUUCUUCAAUUCCAAGUGAUGCUGUGGCUGGUGACAUAAUAGUGUGUGAAUGUAACUUGAUGGGUACCCAGCCCGAAGUCUGCGAUUUUCUUGGGAGGUGCCUUUGUCGCUCAGGGGUCACUGGACUUCAGUGUGACAGCUGCCAGCCUGGCCACCACUCAUUCCCUGCCUGUCAAGCGUGCAGUUGUGAUGGUGUUGGCUCACUGGGGAAUACCUGUGGUCCUGGAGGGCAGUGUCUGUGCCGUGGUAACUAUGCUGGGCUGAGAUGUGACCAGUGUGCUCCAGGAUAUUACAGCUAUCCCAACUGCUUCCGUGUCAACAGCGAGUGUGACCCUGCAGGUAGCGUUGGUUCUCACUCUGGAUAUUGUCAAUGUCUCCUGCACGUCGAAGGUCCUACCUGCAGUAAAUGUAAACCCUUGUACUGGAACCUGGCCAAAGAAAACCCUGAGGGAUGUACAGCAUGUCAGUGUGAUGUGAGUGGAACACUAAGUGGAGUUGCAGAAUGUCAACAGGAAAAUGGGCAUUGCUACUGCAAAUCUAAUGUUUGUGGAGAUUCCUGUGACACUUGUGAAGCUGGUUAUUAUGCUCUUGAAAAAAAGAAUUAUUUUGGCUGCCAAGGCUGCCGGUGCGAUGUUGGAGGGUCCCUGAGCCCAGCCUGCUCCCAGCCCUGGGGCAGCUGCCGGUGCAGGGCGCACGUCGUGGGCACCACCUGUCAGGAGCCUGAAAAAAACUAUUUUUUUCCUGAUCUGCACCACUUGAAGUUUGAGAUUGAAGAUGGUACUACUGUCCAAGGAGGGAAAAUUCAGUUUGGCUAUGAUCCUCAGGAAUUUCCUAGCUUCAGUUGGAGAGGAUAUGCGCGGAUGUCCUCUAUACAAAAUGAAGUAAGGAUAACUUUGAAUGUGGAAAAGUCAAACCUCUACUUAUUUCGCAUUAUCCUGAGGUAUAUUAACCCUGGAGGCGAAACAUUAUCUGCUCGCAUAUCUGCUUGUCAAUCUCAGCCUGGAGCAGGGGCUGCUCAGAGCAAAGAGUUUGUCUUCCUGCCCAGCAAGGAGCCAGCUUUUAUCACAAUCCCAGGAAAAAGCUCCACAGAGCCUUUCUCACUGGCUCCAGGCAUAUGGACUGUCAGUAUAAGGGCAGAGGAAGUCCUCUUGGAUUAUCUGGUGCUGUUACCUAGUGAUUACUACGAGGCAUCCCUGUUGCAGAUCCGCGUUACGGAGCCUUGCACACAUCCUGGGCCUGCUUCAGCAGAACACUGCUUGUUCUAUCAGCAUUUGCCCCUGGGUGGAUUUUCCUGUGUCCUUGGUUCAGAGGCAGUGCAUUUCAGACACGGGGGAGAAUCCAGAAGAAUACCUGUGCGACAGCCAGCUCCCAGUCAGCCAGUGAUGGCCCAUAUCAGUGGAAGAGAGGUCAAUUUAGAGAUGACCAUAAAUGUUCCUCAAGUGGGUCGCUAUGUUCUGGUUUUUGAAUAUGCCAACGAAGAGGAUCAGAUAAACACUGCAGAGGUAACAGUACAUAGCCCUGGACCUGUCACUGAAGGCAGAGUGAGAAUAUACAGUUGUAAAUACAGUUUCCUUUGUCGCAGCGUUGUAGUUGAUGACAGGAAUCGCGUUGCAGCCUAUGACCUUCUAGCAGACACAAAGAUACGUCUGAAGGCGUCAUCAAGUAAUUUUCUUCUGCACAAGGUUUGCAUUAUAUCAGCUGAAGAAUUUUCUCCAGAAUACGUGGAUCCUAAAGUACAGUGCAUAGCUGCUUACAGGAGUAACAGUGAUGGAAGUGCAGCAUGCAUUCCCUCAGUUUUUGAAACUCCACCAGGAGCUUUGGUUUUGGAUCUGAUAAGCCGAAGAAUGUUUCACAAAACAAAUCUAUUCUGUGAUUUAAUACCAGAGCUGUUCUUGUUUCUCCAGAACCAGAUCACCUUGAGUGGCAGAGUGCCCCACUUGGGCAGAUAUGUAUUUGUGGUACAUUUUUAUCAGCCGGCACACCCAGCAUUCUCUGUGCAAGUCCAUGUGAAUGCCGGAGAUGUGUGGUCAGGAACUUUCAAUGCUUCAUUCUGCCCUCAUACUUCUGGCUGUCGGGUUCAGGUGGUUGCGGCAAAUCAAAUUGAGCUUGACAUUUCUGAACCCAUGGUCUCUGUUACAGUGAUGAUACCGGAUGGAAGAAUGCUGGUUCUGGAAAAUAUCUUAGUUGUUCCAGCAGACAUCUACAGUUACAAAAUUCUUGACAAAAAGACAGUGGACAAGUCAUUUGAUUUUAUCAGCCAAUGUGGAGGAAACAGUUUUUAUAUUGACCCAGAACGAUCAUCAGCCUUCUGCAAGGACUCUGUAAGGUCACUGGUGGCUUUCUACAACAACGGAGCCCUGCCGUGUGAUUGCCACAGCGCAGGUGCCACUAGCCCUACGUGCAGCCCCCUGGGAGGGCAGUGUGUUUGCAGACCCAACGUCAUCGGUCGCCAGUGCAGCCGAUGCCAAACCGGCUACUAUGGAUUCCCAUUUUGCAAGUUAUGCAACUGUGGGCAGCAUCUUUGUGAUGACGUGACUGGUAAAUGCAUCUGCCCUCCACGAACUGUGAAGCCAAAAUGUGAAGUGUGUGAGAAGUAUUACUUCAGCUAUCAUCCCCUUGCUGGCUGCAAGAGCUGCAACUGCUCAGAAAAAGGAAUUGUUGAUGUGGCAAGCCCAGAAUGUGAUAAAACCAGUGGGCAAUGCAAAUGCAAACCAGGAAUAAAAGGACGUCGGUGUGAUCAGUGUGCUCCUGGAACUUAUGGUUUCCCUAACUGUGUGCCAUGUAGCUGUAACAGAGAUGGAACAGAGCCAGAUGUUUGUGAUCCCCAGACAGGAAUUUGUCUUUGCAAGGAGAAUGUUGAAGGUGCAACAUGUGACACUUGCAGACCAGGAUCCUUUUAUCUGAACCCUUCUAACCCCAGGGGAUGCACACCUUGCUUUUGUUUUGGGGCAACCAGCAGCUGUCACAGUACGGAUCAUCGUAGAACCAAGUUUGUGGAUAUGAGGAACUGGCGCUUGGAGGCAGUAGAUGAACGUAUGGACAUUCCAGUCACUUUCAAUCCAGUCAGUAACAGUGUGGUGGCUGAUGUUCAAGAAUUGCCAGCUUCUGUGCAUAAUUUGUACUGGAAAGCACCACCAUCUUACCUGGGAGAGAAGCUUUCUUCAUAUGGUGGCUUCCUAAGUUACCAAGUGAAAUCUUUUGGCUUACCUAGCGAGGGCAUGGUUCUUCUGGAUAAGAAACCUGAUAUACGACUGACAGGCCAACAAAUGGAAGUUGUUUAUAUGGAUCCCAACAACCCACUGCCUGAUCGUCAAUAUUAUGGCCGAGUGCAGCUGGUUGAGGGCAGCUUCAGGCACGCCAGCAGCGGUGAGCUGGUAUCCCGAGAAGAGCUGAUGACAAUCCUGUCCAGGCUGGAUGGCUUGCACAUCCGGGCCCUGUACUUCACGGAGACUCAGCGCCUGACGCUUGGGGAGGUCGGGCUGGAGGAAGCCACCGGCGAGGGCAGCGGCAGCAUCGCGCACAGCGUGGAGGUGUGCGCCUGCCCGCCGGAGUACGCCGGUGACUCAUGCCAGGAGUGCAGCAUUGGAUUUUAUCGUGAGAACAAAGGAAUAUUUGCUGGACGCUGUGUGCCCUGCAACUGCAAUGGAAAUUCAAAUAGAUGUCAAGAUGGUACUGGAACAUGUAUUGACUGCCAGUAUAAUACUGCUGGGGAGAAAUGUGAACACUGUAAAGAUGGUUAUUUUGGAGAUGCCACUCAAGGUUCCUGCCGGGAAUGCCCUUGCCCAUAUACAAACAGAUUUGCAGCUGGCUGUGUGGCAAAUGGUGAAGAAAUCCAGUGUCUCUGCAAAGAAGGCUACACUGGAGCUCGUUGCGAACGCUGUGCUCCUGGAUAUUUUGGAAAUCCACAAAAAUAUGGAGGCUUCUGUCAGAAAUGUAACUGUAAUAAUAAUGGACAGCUGGCUAGCUGUGACCACCUGACUGGAGAAUGUUUCAAUAAUGAACCAAAAGAUGUGGAUCCCAAUGAAGAUUGUGACUCCUGUGACAGCUGUGUGAUUACACUGCUGAAGGAUUUGAGCACAAUAGGUGACGAGCUUCAGCUCAUCAAGUCUCAGCUGCAAAAUGUCCAUGCAAGUUCCCACACUCUGGAGCAGAUGAGAGACCUGGAAACACGCAUCAAGGACUUAAAGGUCUUAUUGAACAAUUACCGCUCUGUUGUCCAUAAUCAAGGUUCAAAGGUAGAUGAGUUGGAGACAGAAUUCAUUAAACUAAAUCGCGAUGUUAAUGCUCUCCAGGAAAAGGCUGAAAUUAACUACAAAGAAGCUGAGAGAUUAUUUAACAAUUUUGGCCAAACUCAUCAGAAAGGAAAGGAUUUGGUUUCACAAAUACAAAUAGUGGUCAACAAUAUACGAGUGCUCUUGGAACAGGUAGCUGGCACAAACGCAGAAGGUAACAACCUGCCUCUGGGAGAUGCCUCUGAAGAACUGGCCGAAGCUCAGCGCAUGAUGGCGGAGAUGCGGAGCCGCAACUUUGGCCAGCUUCAAGCUGAGGCAGAGGAGGAGCGGAUGGAAGCUCAGCGGUUACUGGCGCGUGUUAAGAAUGAACUACAGAAGUACCACCAAGAAAAUCGUGGGCUUAUUAAAGUUGUGAGGGAUGCACUAAAUGAAUAUGAAUCCAAAAUCACUGACCUUCGUGAAGCUCUGAAUGAUGCGACAGCUCAAAUCAAGCAGGCUGAAGGCUUGAACAAAGACAAUACAUUUCUGUUAGAAGACAUUAAGAAACGGAUUGAGGAGACAAACGUGCAACAGAAUGGUGUCUUGAAUAUUCUGAGCUCAGCCCGGUCUUCCCUGACACAAGCUAAGAGUGUACUUGGAUUAUUGCAAGAGAGCAAAGAGGAAUAUGAAAGCCUGGCUGCUCAGCUGGAUGGAGCAAGGAAGGAUAUGAAUGAAAAAGUGGCAAAUCUCUCAUCAGCAAGCAAAGAACCACUGGUGGUGAGGGCCGAGGAACAUGCCAAAUCUUUGCAAGAUUUGGCAAAACAACUGGAAGAAAUAAAGAACAGUGCCAGGAAGGACGAGUUGGUAGGCUGUGCUGUGGAAGCUUCUACUGCCUAUGACAAUAUUAUUGGUGCCAUCAAGGCAGCAGAGCAGGCAGCCAACCAAGCUGGGAAAGCAGCUGACUCAGCUUUAUCGACUGUGAAAAGAGAAGACCUAUCAGGAAAAGCUGCAAGGUUAAAAACUGAGAGCAGUGCACUCAUGGACCAAGCACAGGAGACCAAAAGGACAUUGCAAGCUAUUGGUCCUAACCUCGAAGACCUAAAGCAAAGACUUGAUGUCGCUGAUGGAAAGGCGAAUACACUGAAAAUUGAUCUUAUCACUGCUCAAAACAAUCUCAACGGGAUAAACAGAGGUGACAUUGACAGCAUCAUCACCAGUGCAAGGAACAUGGCAGAAAAUGCCAACUCUGUCACCAAUAGUGUGUUGGGUGAACUGGUCCCAAUUGAAGCAGAAGUGGAAAGAAUUAAGAGUAACUAUGGAAGCACACAGAGUGCCAGCUUCAAUAAAGCACUGAUGGAAGCAAACAAUUCAGUAAAAAAUUUGACUAACCAACUUCCAGAUCUGUUCAGCAAGAUCAAGAGUAUCAACCAACAGCUGAUGCCAAUAAGCAACAUCUCUGAGAACAUAGAUCGCAUAAGAGAGCUGAUUCAGCAGGCAAGAGAUGCUGCAAAUAAGGUUGCUAUUCCUAUGAGGUUCAAUGGCAGCUCUGGUGUAGAAGUUCGACCUCCAAGCAACCUUGAAGAUCUAAAGGGCUAUACUUCACUUUCCUUAUUUAUCCAAAGACCUCAGCGAAGAUCAGACACCCAGCAGAGGGCAAAUAGGUUUGUCCUGUACCUGGGUAAUAAAAAUGCUUCCAAGGACUACAUUGGUAUGGCUGUGAAAGAUGGUUACCUUACUUGUGUCUAUAACCUGGGAGGUGGUGAUGGGGAAGUGAGAGUGCAGUCAUUGGUGACUCAAAGCAACCCUGAGGAAGCUGUUAUGGAUCAAGUUACAUUUGAAAGGAUUUACCAGUAUGCAAAGCUGAAGUACAUCAAAGCAGCAACAUCAAUUUCUCCAGGUUAUGAAAGCCCUAGGAGUGCAAGCAGUGGAGACAGUGACAUGCUCCUCAAUCUUGAUCCCAGCAGUGUUGUCUUUUAUGUUGGAGGAUACCCACCUGAUUUUAGGCCUCCAGAUAAUCUCAACUAUCCUCGUUAUGAAGGCUGCAUUGAAUUAAACAGCCUAAAUGAGCAUAUUGUCAGCCUUUACAACUUCAAGAGGACUUUUAAUCUCAACACCACUGAAGUGCAACCCUGCAGAAGGUAUAAAGAGGAGACUGACCAAAGCUAUUUUGAGGGCACUGGUUAUGCCAGUGUCACAGUGGGAGAAAGAAGUGGCGAACGAGUACGGUACGAGCAGACAAUUGAGACAACUGCAGAUGAAGGCAUUGUGUUUUUUGCAGCAAAUGGGGAUCAGUUCAUCAGUGUGCUCAUUAGAAAUGGUCAUACAGUUUUUAGAUACAAACUUGACUCUGAAACUCCAGAAGAAGUAGAAGCCAAAAAAACUGUAAAUGAUGGAACAUAUCAACAAAUUAAUUUGGUGCUUGACCGAAAAAACAAAAUUGUGUAUGUUAGUCCUGGUAUUAGAGCCAACAUACAAGUCUUCAAUUUCACUGAGUACUACCUAGGUGGAGUUCCAUCUUUUCUACGGGAACAGUUUAAUAUAUCCACACCUCCAUUCCGCGGCUGCAUGAAGAAUGUGAAAAACCCAAGCACUGCAUCUGUUGUCUUUGAUAAGACUUUUGGUGUCAGCAAGAAAUGUUCAGAUGACUGGAAGCUUGUGAGAUCUGCAGCUUUCUCCAAGGAUGGAACUCUGAGCCUUAGUGCAGCAGAUUUCCCAUUUCCAAAGGAUUUCCAAGUGGGCUUUGGCUUUCAGACAACAGCUUCCACUGGAACACUCUUAAAUUACAACCUACGGCCUGAUGUUCUUUCCAUCUUUCUGAGUCCUGGCUCUGUAACUGCAAAGAUACGAGAUAAGGAAAUUAAACUGGAAAAAAAAUAUGAAGAUGGGUCAAUGCAUUAUGUGACAGUAAUAAAAAUAGGCAACAGAGUACAUAUGAUGGUUGAUGAUGAGUCAGAAGCAAUUGACUCUCCCAGGUCAUCCAACUCACAGGAAUCAAACAGACCUAUAAAAUUUGGUGGAGAUAAUUUUGAAGGUUGCAUCUCAAACAUCUUUAUUGAAAGGGCAGGUCAGCUCCCCGAGGUUCAAAAUCUUGUUGCUAAUACUGGCAAGACUGGCGUGUCCCUCGGAGCUUGCCAGGAAUAUGAAAACCUUGAACCAAUGCUGCUGCAGGAAUUUAAAAAUCCUCUCAGACUUAAGAUGCUCAAGAAUGAAAAAUACCUUGAUUAUUUGAAAGCUGCUAACAUGCAAAACCACACUAUACCAGCUCCAUUACAUGACAGCAGUGAAGCAUAUCUCCUCGGAAGCAACCCCAACAGUUUCAUAUCCUACAUGUUUUCUCCAUUGUUAUCUACAGACAGGUUACAUUUCUCUGUAGAUGUACGGACUCGAUCAUCAAGAGGAUUAAUAGUUUUCAUGGAGGAAAGCUCUGAGGACUCUUAUAUGGCUCUCCACAUUUCAAAAGGACGUUUUGUCUUUUCACUUGGCUCUGGAGAAAAACAAAUCAAAGUCAAAACCAAUAUUAAAUACAAUGAUGGGCAAUGGCACACUGUGGUCUUCAGCACAGAUGGGAAGAACGCCCGCCUUGUUGUUGAUGGUCUAAGGGCCCAGCACAGAAAAUUGGCAACAAAUUCUGCUAUCAACAUUAGGCCACCAGUGUAUGUAGGAAGGCUGCCACCACUGAAGAGACAGAAUAUGGCAAUGAAGAGUUUCAAGGGUUGCCUGAGGAAUUUUAAGAUGAAUGGGAAAACCAUGAAUGCACCUCAACAAAAAAAUGGCGUACUUCCAUGUCUAGAUGUUCCCAUGGACACAGGGAUUUACUUCUUUAAUGAAGGAGGAUAUAUCACCAUUGGUAAUUUGCUCAUGGGUUUGGAUUUCAGGAUUAUAUUUACCGUUCGACCAAGGAGUUCAGCUGGUGUACUCCUCCAUGCUGGAAGCAAGCAAGACAACUACUUGACUGUUUACAUGAAGGGAGGGAAGGUGAUUGCUGCUGGAAAUAGUGAUGCUGGAGAAUUCCAGGCAUCAGUCACACCUAAGAAACCUCUGUCUGAUAGACAGUGGCAUACCAUUGCAGUCUCUCAGAAGGAGAACACAGUGCAGCUAGACGUGGGCACACAGAGUAACUAUACCACUGUACUUCAACCCUCUCCUCCUAGACGUGUAUAUCAGCCACUCUACUUCGGCAGAAUUCCAGCAAAUUUGGACACCCCGUGGCUUCCAGUUGAAGACCCAUUUUUUGGCUGUCUUCGGAAUAUUACCAUCAAUGACAAACAUGUCUCCACCAGGAGAAUUUCAGAGGUUCAUGGUGAAGUGAAUUUGCACGGGUGCCCAGAGAAGUAACUCUGCUGUUAGGGUUGUUGUGCACACAUCGGGCUGUGUCUGCUGAAGAGCUGUGUGGAUUCCUCUUUGCUGACCAGCAUCAGGCUGCUUCUUCUGAACAGCCGGUGAGCAAAUGCAUCCUCUGGAUGUGGACUGUGCCAAAGCAAACGAAAUGUAUUUGCUUUGACAAACUCCCUUUUAAAUGUUAUUGAUUUCCAAGGUAAUCCGUUGUGCCUUUUGAGAUAUAUGCAGAAAAUGUAAUUGCAUAUACCCUACUGGGCCAAAUUCUGCUCUCAUUCACAUCAGCAGAGACUUAAGCAACUCCAAUGUCUUAAUUUUGGAAAUUUUCCUUAAUGUUGGCCACCUUGAGAGCAAAUUUGAUCCAUUAAUAUAAAGAAUUUUAUAAAAAUAGAAAUCUCUUUGGAUUGUUGCUUAUACAGAAAUGUACAUUGAUGUUAAAAGUAAUAAUAAUAAUAUAAAUGGAGUUUGAAGCACUUUAAGGAGUGAAACUCUGGGGGUUUGUUACAAAGUUAGGAAUUGUGGGACCAAAUAAAUGCAGUAUGUUCCUAAAACCUUU